CUGGCCAGCUCUAGGUAAUACCGGCCAAAUUUUUGGUUACUGCACUCUACGGGAUAGUUAUACCUUGUCCAAUUCGAUUAUUGCGCGUCAUAUUGGCGAUAAACCACCGAAUCGUUGCAUAUAGUCUAUAUUCAUCUUACUCGGUGGUACCUCUUUGUUCGAUUAGAGAUACCCAUUAUCUUUCCAGCUAAACUAUUGUUUGGACACACUCGAAGUUGUUCCGUUUACUCUUUGGUCAACAGCUGUUAUAAUAUCCAAUAUUGCUUGUUUUGCUAGGAUCCUGACGACGUUCCGGAUCCUAUUUCUGCCUUCUGCCUUCGUGCCUAUUCGCGGGCACGUUUAAUCUUUCAAAACGGCGCUUCUAUCCCACGUCUCACGGGACAGCCUUGUCCCUCCUCAUCUUCUCGGGAUGCAGGACCUCUCAGUUUCCGGUGGUAUCCCCACUGGUCCUGCUGGCAACUCAGGUCGAUUUGGCCAUGCGUCAAAGCCCUCAAACAGCGAUACCGGCUUCUCUCAUGGCGCUUUCACCUCUAACAUUUCUGGAUUUGCCGACAGACACCCUCGCCGUGGUAACAUCCCCUCGAUCAACACCCAGAAUCAGCUGAAUCCGCCUGUCCCUAGCAACGGUCCCGAUAUGACUACACCUGGCACUGGCUUUGAUAUGCAGUUCACUCCUCUUCUCCCUUCCCAGUUGCUCCUCGGUAGCCCGUUCCAGCCUGGCACUCCCGCUGCUUUUGCUAGUCCUCAGUUCCAGAACCUGUCCGCAUUUCAGCACGGUCAGCAGCACAAUGGUCAGCAACAGCACAAUGUCGCAAGUCCCGUUCAACAAAGCUUGUCCCCUCAAGCUUACCAGGCGAUGGUGUCUCCCUCCACGUACGGCGCUCCCCAGUUCUUCCAGCCGCAGUCUCCUACUGGUACUUUCAACAAUAUAAACGGCCAAAUGCAGCCUCAAUCGCCAACUCUGAGCCCGGGUAUUGUUACGGGUACUAGUAGGACUGUGUAUCUCGGCAAUAUCCCCCCUGACACUUCGGCUGAAGAGAUUCUUGGCCAUGUGAGGAGCGGGCAAAUCGAAUCCGUCCGACUGCUUCCCGACAAGAACUGUGCUUUCAUUUCUUUCCUCGACGCCAAUGCUGCUACGCAUUUCCACUCGGAUGCUAUUUUGAAGAAGCUCUGUAUCAAGGGACAGGAUAUCAAGAUUGGUUGGGGCAAGCCGUCUCAGGUGCCCACUUCUGUGGCCUUGGCCGUCCAACAAUCUGGUGCGUCCCGAAACGUUUAUCUCGGAAACCUCCCGGAGGACAUUCCCGAAGAAGAGCUACGUGAGGACCUUGGGAAGUUUGGUGCUAUUGAUACAAUUAAGAUUGUCCGGGAGAAGAACAUUGCCUUCGUUCACUUCUUGUCCAUCGCCAAUGCCAUGAAGGCUGUGCAACAGCUUCCCCAAGAACCCAAGUGGCAAUCGCCUCGCCGCGUUUACUACGGCAAGGACCGAUGUGCCUACGUUUCUAAGACCCAGCAGCAGAACGCGGCUCAGUACCUCGGUAUCGCGCCUGGAUAUGCUCACAUGCUGACUGGUCAAGAUCGCGAAGUUAUUUCUAGUGCGCUCGCUCAGCAGUCUGUGGCAGCGGCAGCAGUUGCGACUACAGCCGGCGGUAUUAACAACCUCGGCAACCGAACUAUUUACCUUGGCAACAUUCACCCAGAGACUACGAUUGAGGAGAUUUGCAAUGUCGUGCGAGGUGGUUUGCUUCACCAUAUUCGAUACAUUCCUGAUAAGCAUAUUUGCUUCGUUACUUUUAUCGACCCGACUGCGGCGGCUUCCUUCUAUGCUCUAAGCAAUCUUCAGGGCCUUAUGAUUCACAAUCGUCGUUUGAAGAUUGGUUGGGGAAAGCACUCCGGUGCUCUGCCGCCAGCUAUUGCAUUGGCCGUUAGCGGCGGUGCCUCUCGUAAUGUCUAUAUUGGCAAUUUGGACGAGACUUGGACUGAAGAAAGAUUGAGACAGGAUUUCUCUGAAUAUGGCGAGAUUGAAUUGGUAAACGCUUUACGAGAGAAGAGCUGCGCUUUCGUUAACUUCACAAACAUUGCGAAUGCCAUCAAAGCCAUAGAGGCCGUUCGAAGCAAGGAAGAGUACAGGAAGUUCAAGGUCAAUUUCGGCAAAGAUCGCUGCGGAAACCAGCCCCGACAGCUUCAGCAGCAGGCCCAGUCUCCCCGUGGAGAGGGUGUGUCUUCGCCUGCUCCGGUUGGUAGUGGAAGCAACAACUCACCGACCAAUCCGACUUCGCCACAGUCUGCCAACAACGUCAGCUUGUUUUCCAAUGGAAACAAUCCGCUCACGAUGUACUUGAACCAAGUAUCGCAGCAAGCGCAGCAGCACCAGCAGCAGCAACACCAGUUGCUGGCAUCCCAGCAAGCGGCGUUAUUCGGAACUGCUGCAUCCUCGCCCAAUGAUCUAUCUUUAGAUAUUCCUCAGUCGGCAGGCGGCUCCGGCCAUGGACAGUCUGCGAGCAUCUCGAAUGGGUAUGCGGCGAACAGUGCGUCUGGUGCACCGACGAUUGGCGGUCUGCUUGCCCCCGGUAACGCUCGGGGACAGCACAACCGUGCUGUAAGCCUGCCUGUUUUUGCCCCUGGUUUCGAGAAUGGCGGUACUAGUCCUAUUAGCGCCAUUGGUGGCCCAAGCGAGGGAGAGCGUCGAGGACACCAAUAUCAGGCCAGCUUUGGUGGUAUGGGCUCCGGUCUUGGCCUCGCCAUUCAGGGCGGCUUGAAUGGUUGGGUCGAGGAGGAGGUUGCCAACUAAUUUUGCACACCGUUCCGAAGGCGACAACCUGGGAAAGAUAAUAUGUUGUAAUCGCUGCGUUGAUUUUCUUCGGCGUUCUUUAUUCAGCUUUCAACGGCUAGUGUUGGCAUUUUCCUGUAUGAUCUUUGUAAAACCUCUUAAACUUUCCCGGUCAUUCGACCUUGUGAGAAGAAAAAAGUUGUUAGUCAACUUGUACCCCGGUGGGAUACGACGAUGUCCGAUGCCUUAAUAUUGGGUAGCUGAGAGAAUGUGUUAGUGAGGAGAAAAGGCUUCGUCUCUGAAAAAUGGGAUAUGAGCGGAGUUUGAUAGGAAUUUCUGAUAGGAGAGAGAAAGAGAGAGGGAGGGAGAUAUGAGGAUAGAGAUGGAAAUAGAAAGGGAUGCGUGGCCGACAGUGGUAGCUGGUGGUUGAGAGGUUAUUGGUAGUAUUUCAGUAUCUCUUGCUUGCUAUAACGCUGCUGUCAUUGCAUAUCUCUCUGUCUUGAUAAAAAUAUGGUAGGAAGGUAUUAAUAUGACAAUUGAAAAGGUUCUCCCGGUUUUUUUGUUGUGACUACCUAGCCUAUGAUGUACAUGUCGAAGCUGUUGGCUCACUUAUGUAUGUAGCUUGAAACAAAUGAAAGCGUCCUUUCACCGAGCGAGUGCAAAUAUAUAUAACUCAUUCAUGAUAAGAU